AUGAGGGGUAUGAUGAGGGGAUUGCGAGGUGGUCGAGAGCGGCGGAGAAGAAAGGCUGCUUUAGUCGUUUUUCCUACUACUUCCGAAGAUGUUUCCAAGAUUGUUCUCUUCGCCAAAGAACAUAAGUUCGAAUUUGCAGUCGUCGGUGGUGGUCACGGCUCAUCAGGCGCCUCAUCAACCCACAAUGGCCUCUCCAUCAACCUCUCCAAAAUGCGCAACGUAAUCGUGGACCCCGUCACCAAAUCUGCUCGCUGUCAAGGCGGCUGUCUCUGGUCCGAUGUCGACACCGCCGCCUUCGCCCAUGGACUCGCUGCCGUCGGCGGCACCGUAAACCAUACGGGAAUUGGAGGACUCACCCUCGGAGGUGGUUUCGGAUAUCUAACCCCCAAAUACGGUUUGGUUAUUGACAAUCUCCUCGAAGCGGAGGUUGUUCUUGCCGAUGGAAGAAUCGUAACGUGUUCCGAAUAUCAAGAACCUGAUCUCUUUUGGGCAAUCCGUGGAGCCGGUAUUGGAUUUGGUGUCGCGACUAGUUUUACCUAUCGACUUCAUCCCCAACCCAACCGUGUCUGGGGCGGUCUGCUCAUUUUUCCACGCGAGAAAUUAGAGGCUAUCGUCUCAUUCGCCAACACAAUCAUGACUCUCGUCGAAGAACGCGCAUUCCUCCUCCUCGGAAUCGCCGCUCCACCCCCCGCCUUCCAACCCGCCAUCCUCAUCCCUGUGUUCUACAACGGCACCGAAGCAGAAGGAAGAGCAUACUACAAAGCGCUUCUCGAUCUCGAGCCCAUAGCAAACACAACCAAAGAAAUGGACUACGUAGAAGUAAACAGCAUGAUCAACGAACCAAUGGUCCACGGAUUCCGACGCAACAUGAAAGGAGCCGCAUGUAUGCUCCCACUAACCUACCCUUUCGCCGCAGAAAUCUUCUCGGAAACAGAAAAAUUCUUCAACGAGACCCCCGAUGCGAAACAUACGCUAGUAGUAUUCGAAUACGUCCCCUUUGGAAAAAUUCUACAAGUAGGUCAACAAGACACGGCCUUUGCAAAUAGAGGCGCCUAUGGGAAUUUACUACUUGGAGCGGGUUGGGAGCAAGAGGAAACGGAUCAGAAGUGUAGAGAGUGGUGUAGGAUGAUGGCACAGAAGGCGAAGGUGGAAUUGGAGAGGCGGCUAAAGGAGGGUACGGAUGAGAUUACGAAGGAUGGGGUAGGAGCUUAUUCGAAUUAUGACGGUGCAAACCACGAAGGAGGUAGAUUGGUUUACGGGGUAAACUAUCCCCGCCUUGCCGAGUUGAAGAAAAAGUAUGAUCCGGAGAAUUUGUUUUCCAAAGGCCCAGAUCUUGUUUCGUAA